AUGCCGUUGUACAAAAUCGGCCCCACCGCGGUGGCGUUUGCGGUGGUCCUCAACGCGUUCGAGGCGUCCGGGAUGAAAUACACGAAAUCGAACGAGUUGUUUAACAUCCUCUGGGCGAAGCGGGCGACGCCCUACACGUUGGAAUCGCUCACGCCGUAUCAGAAAGUCAACCACUUCCCCGGCGCGUGGGGGCUCGGGCGGAAGGAUAACUUGGCGGUGAACAUCAACAUGAUGAAGCGCUACCACGGGGAGGAGGUCUAUGGCAUCACCCCGCCUUCUUUUUGGAUUCCGCGGCAGCAAGCCGAUCUGGAGAAGGACGCCGCGCGCGACAGGGGGGAUGCGGAGAACCCCCCGAUUUAUAUCGUCAAGCCCUGUGCGUCGAGCUGUGGGCGGGGGAUCACGCUCCACAAGGGCGUUCCCCCCAUGCCGGUUUUUCUGAAGGAGUUUGUUUGCCAGCGCUACAUCGGCGAUCCGCUUCUCAUUAGUGGGAGGAAGUUCGACCUGCGGCUGUACUGCGUCGUCACCUCGUUCGACCCGCUUCGGAUUUACCUCUUCGACGAGGGCCUUGUUCGCUUCGCGGCGAUGAAGUACCCGGGAUCGGAUAAGGAGCUCGACAACAUCAACAUGCACCUGACAAACUACUCCAUCAACAAAACAGCGGAGCUCAAGCGCCAAACCGGCGAAAAGGGCUUGGAAAGCGAAGACCCGAUUGAAAUCAAAUGGUGUAUCUCCGAUCUCAAAAAGUACCUCAUGAAUAAUCACCCCGACGGGAUCAAGGCGUGGGAAACCAUUCAGCGGGGUUGUGAUGAUACGGUUGUGAAGGCCUUUUUGAGCGUCGAAAACAGCGUCAUUGAGCGCAUCCGGCAAUCCUGCUUGGAUAAGACGGGGCGCAACUGUUUUGAGUUGUUCGGCAUAGAUUUGUUGGUGGAUAGUAGGUUGAAGGUCUGGCUCAUUGAGAUGAACAUCAUGCCUUCUUUGGCGACUGGCAGCAAUCUCGACAAAGCGGUGAAGUCACGCAUGUUAGCGCACAUGCUCACGCUAAUUCGCGUAAUCCCGAAUCGGCGAAACGCCUUGGAUGACCAACCCAAUGAAAAUGGCAGUGAUCACGAACCGGGCGAGGAUUACGUACCCCGCGGUGCGGCUCCGACCACCCCUGAAAGGAUCUACAAAUUUGGUCAUCAUCCAGCUGCUUCUUCGUAUAUCAAACGCGUUCCUUUGUUAAAACGGUUUAACGACCCGAACGUGGAAGAGUCGAUGCUUUCAAGGGCGGAAGUAUUAAUGCUGAUUGAGGCCGAGGAAGAGAUGCAUUGUGCAGGUGGUUUUCGCCGCGUCUUCCCUGCGAGCGACACUUUGGAUUUGUACUUGCCUCUUUUCACUCACGGGGUGCGGCGGAAUAAUUUUUUGUUGGCAUCGGCAGUGAAGCAGAAGGUGAAGAAUUCUGAGUGCAUAUUAAAUUUGGGUAUUUGA